GUUGAGGGACCUAAAUAUGAUAGUGACGUGGUGAUUGGUCAUGAGCAAAACAGCAUCUUCCAGAGUAUUACAUUACACGGGGAUUAAGUUGCUUCGGAUUUCAAGCCAAACGACGGAGUACCUCUGUUUUUGUAGCGCAAAUAAAUAGUUUAUUCGGCGUGUUGUUUUAAUUAAGCGAGUCAUCGCCAGUUUAGCGGAAUAUCCGGCUUGUCGGACCCUGUCUGCAGAGACUGAUCCAGUGGCACAAUGAAGCUCUACAGCCUCAGCAUCCAUUAUAAAGGAGCCACCAAAGCCAAUCUCCUAAAAGCAGCAUAUGAACUCAACUCAUUUGGCUUCUUUCAGAAAUCUAGUAUCCAGGAGUUCAUGACCUUCACCAGUGCCUUGAUUGUUGAACGGACAACAGUUGGAAGUCGUGCCUCUGUCAAAGAACAAGAAUAUCUGUGCCAUGUGUAUGUGAGGAAUGAUAACCUGGCAGGGGUGGUCAUAGCAGACACCGAAUACCCACAGAGAGUCUGCUUCUCAUUGCUCGACAAGGUGUUAGAAGAGUUCUCCAGGCAGGUGGACAGUAUAGACUGGCCGUCUGGUAACCCUGACACCAUUACCUACAGAAACCUAGACAUUCAAUUGGCCAAGUACCAGAAACCCAUGGAAGCAGAUGCCAUGAGCAAAGUACAGGCAGAACUGGACGACACAAAGAUCAUUUUGCACAAGACCAUGGAAAGUCUGUUGGAGCGAGGAGAGAAACUGGAUGAUCUUGUGGCAAAGUCAGAACACUUGGGGACCCAAUCCAAAGCCUUUUAUAAGACCGCACGGAAACAGAAUUCAUGCUGUGAAAUCAUGUGAUGCCGCUGCCUCGUCCCCAUGGACACGCCUCUCUCUCUCGCUCUCUCUCUCUGCCUUUACGGUUGCCCUGGUCCUACAUCUCCCAUCAAGCACCAGCCACACUCUCUCAACACGACAGACGUCACAUUAAACGGUGGAAGCUUCGCUGCCAGCCAGCUGGGUCAGGACUUCUCUGGAUUUGGGCCGAUGAGGGCUGAAGGAGUGAUGGCAUGUUUUCAGAGGAACCCUUGCAGUGCUUUAGUAGCAGAUAAGGACUUUACUAGCGUGACGUUCUAUUGUGGUGAGGUAUACACUUGGAAAAAUUGCAAUAAUUUACAUUUUGCACAUUGGAUCUUAAGCCUAUUUCACUUUAGUGCUUGUUGGCAAUAAAUUGCUUACUCAACAUUUUUUGUCUCACUCCCUUUUCUUAUUUUUGCAUUUUGAAGUCCUACUUAGAAGCUCCUCCAGAUCCAACAGUGCAAAAUGUAAAUUCUUGCAAUCUUUUUAACAAUUCUUAACAUUUUGAUCAGUGAUAUUUUGAAUGAAUUACCAUACUGACCCGAAUAUAAGACAACACCCUUUUUUCCAACAGUCAUAUUUGGUUAAAUAUUUCUUAAAACCAACAAAUCUUUUCAUUGAUAUUGGAUUUUCAAUAUCGGUGAAACAACAAAUGGAACAUUUAAAAAAAAAAACUAUUUCAUAGCUUUGAUGAUUGUGCUUCAUUAAGUACCAUUAUCUUUAAAAUAAGUAUCAUAGCUACUCUGUUGUUUGCUAACACCUUCUUAGUGUGUGUGUGCGUGUGUGUGUGUGAGUCACAGGAAGAAACGCUCUGACUCGCUUGGGUAGGUGUUGUCUGGUGUCCCUUCUUGAAAAUACCAUAUUCGGAUCAGUACGGUUAAUCUUCCAUUUUUUUUUAAUGAGAGCUUCAUGGAUGGAUUCACACUUCACAGUGAAGUACUUCCGACGCAAAACUGCUACUUUUAAUGACAACCUCGGGGCGUGUCUCUGUAUUACAUGUGAUUGUCUUAACUGAGGUGGUCAGUGACUGUUUGCCGUGGGAUGAUGCCCUCUUAAAAACAAAAAACAAUGGUUAAUUUUCUGUCUCAUGAUCUUUAUUGACAUCUCCAACAUUCCCACUGUGGGGGGGUUGUGUAUCUCUGUAAGAUGAUUGUUGUUAUGAUGAUGUCUGAUUCUAAUGAGGACAAUAGAUCGACGCCCAAGUGGACCAUUUGUCCUAAAUCACUAGCAUUUUGGCUGUACACCCCCCCCCCCCUUUUUUUUUUUAACUAAUCCGAAUACUUAGAAUUUGUCUGCUUGCAAUAUUUAAAGAUGGAGACAUGCCUUUGGUUUUAGAUGUUUAUAUAUUCUCUCUGCUCUGUGUGUGUGUGUGUAUAUGUGCAACAUAUUGUAUGACUGCGUUCAUGUAUGUCAACGUGUGUGUGUGGCUUUUACAGUGUAAACUGUGGUGCAAUAUCUCUGCAGACCGGUGUCUCUCUUAAACUGAGAAAGUUGCGUGGAAAGGUCAGUUACUUGACAUUUGUACACAAGUCUUAUGACUAAUUCUCCCGAAAUGAAGCCUGUGCAGGGUUGAUUCUUGGCAUAAUAACACUUGUCUGUGUUAACGUUUGAUUUUAUUUAGGUUCAAAUGGACCAUGUAUUAUUGCUCAGAUAAAAUUUUUUUAAAGGUU